AUGGGCCGCGGCCGCUCGAGGAAGCGGGCCAGGCGGGCCGCCGCGGUCGGAGUGGAGGAGGAGGGUGGGGAGGGGGACGGGCAGGAGGUGAAGGAGGAGGUGGUGGUGGAGGAGGAGGAGGAGGUGCUCCUGUUCGCGGUCGGCGCGGAGGUGGAGGUGGGGAGCGACGACCCGGGCUUCGUCGGCUCGUUCUACGAGGCCACCGUCGAAGCCCACCUCACGGACGACGGCGGCCGCGGCUACGGCUACGCCGUGGUCUAUUCCACGCUGGAGGAGGGCGAGGAGGGCCCGGGGUCUUCGUCGUCGUCGCCGCCGCCGCCGCUGCGGGAGGAGGUCCGCGCCCACGACGUGCGCCCGCGGCCGCCUCCGGCGGUGGAGCCGGGGCCCGAGGGGUUUGCGAUGCACGACAUGGUCGAGGCGUUCCACAACGAGGGGUGGUGGUCCGGCGUGGUCACCGGCCUUCCGCUGCCGCUGGACGUGGAGCCCCGGCGGAGGGUGUACGCGGUGGCGUUCCCGACGUCGCGGGAGGUGAUGGAGUUCGAGCAGGCGGCGCUACGGCCGCACCGCGUGUUCCGCCGUGGCCGCUGGGUCCCGGCUGCUGAUGCGGAUGAUGAAAGUCCAGCAUUCAGAAAGGGAGGCUUAGUUGAAGUGAGUCGAUCUGCAGUAAGCUUUGGCGAGUCUUGGAAUCCUGCUACUGUUUUGAAAGUGAUUGGUUCUACCAAUUUCUUUGUACAGUAUAGACGCAUCGGAGAAGAUGGGGAACUGACAACUGAAAUUGUUGAUUCUCAGUAUAUUCGGCCAGCACACACAAUCACUCGUAUGGACUCAAAAUACAGAUUUUCUCCAUCUUCUCAUGUAGAGGUUUUUCAUGACAGUAGCUGGUGGCCUGGAAUUGUUUUGGAUGCUUCAAGUAGUGUAUUUGGCAAGAUGUAUACUGUUAAACUGAAGAGUCAUAUGACAGGCAUGGAUGAUGUGGAAUGCGUGGAUAAGUUGACAGUUGAAAAUACAAGGCUGAGGCCACGGUUUGACUGGGAUGGUAGAAAAUGGAUACGCUGUGUGACAGCAGCAAAGAAGCAUGCCACUGAAGGGCAACAGUCAACUUCUCGAAAAAGGCCAAUUCCUGCUGCCUUGGCAUCAUGUCAUGACAAUGGUGAAAUCAGAGAUAAACCAAGCUCACAUUUUGACAAAAUCAAGGACCUUAGUUCUUAUCCUAAAGGAACAGUGAAUCAACAAAGUGCAGUACUGGCAUUAGCAUCUCAGAUAGCACUUCCUUUAGAUUCAUCACUUAUUCUAGGUAGUCCUAUUGAAUCAUCAUCUUCUCGAAUGGAUAUCAUGCCUUCUGUGCCACAAAAUGGGGAGUUGAAAGCUUCACUGUUUGGGAUGUUUGGGAAACUAAGACCUAUUCCACAGGGUCCACUUUUAGGGGUGCAAUCACAUAACCCUGAUUUUAGCAUAAUUGAAGAAUCAAAAAGGACAUCAACUGAUGAAGGCUGUUUUCUGAUUUCAUGUGCUGGAAAUAACUUAAACUUUGGAUCAUUUGCUGGAAUUGAUAUGUCCAGGAAAAGGAAAGGGUGUAUUUAUUUUCAAGCACCCGAGGGAUCAGGGAUGAAUCUUGAAAGUGUGAGUUGUUUUCACAUUACGGAGAUAAAGAAAUGCAGAGUUCACAAAACAAUUGAGGGAACCAACAAGAUUGCUCCUACCUUUGAAGAACGGACCAAAGUGAUCUUUGGGGAUGAACAUGAUGUACUGUCUACUGAUGUUGCUGGCUCUGGAACUCCUUCAGCAAAAAAAUCAGUUAGUUGUAUUGAUCAAACUGCACUAGAGUACAGUAAAGGUCCACAUGAAAGUAGCAUUGUCGAUAUAAUCAAACUGAGUGAAAUUGGCGAUCUUCACCAAGAGGAGAACCUAAUACUGCCUGCAACUUCGGGUGAUGUGAAUUUCCAAGACUCCCGUGAAGACUUUUGUCAGAGGUUUUUGGUUAGGCCUGAAGAUACUACAGUGGAUCUAUUUCCUUCAGCAAAGAGUUGUGAAGCUGCCAGGCAUGCUCACCUGGUCUGCAAGGACAGCUUGGGAGCUAUAGUUGAGUGUGUGACGAAUUGUACUGUUCCAACUGAGAAUUUGUCAGUUUUGUCUCCAGCAAUGUUCGAUGAUGUGGUGCCGAACCAAUCAUCAGUCAGUGAUAAUUGUGAGGAUAACAAGAAAGAUGGCAUGUACGAGGUAGAUCAUGAAGCAAAUGAGAUGGAGUUGGCCAUUAUUACUCCUAAAACUCAGCAUGCCAGUGUUGGUGGACCAUUCUCAACCACAUCUUUAUCUGCAGUGAGGGGUGAAAUUGUCCUUGCACAAAGUUCAACCUGGGAGUCUACACUCAAUGAACAAACCAGAGUUUCACAGCAGGGUCACAGUUCACCCAUGGUAGGAUCACUAGAAUGUGUUGCUGAAAGUAGCCAGUCCAUCGACUAUUCAACGAUAACUCAGUUAUCUUCUUUUGAUAUGAGCCAGUCUAUUGAUGCUGAACUUGGUAGCAGCUUGAUCGUUUCAAACAAUGUUCAGGAUACACCAAUAUCCAAGUAUGUUGCAAGAACACAGGACCCUUGCUGCCCCUUGAUGCAGAAAUCUUUACAUGUGCAUGAGAUUAUUAUGGCCGGUCAACCAUCAGAAGCCUUGGCUAUUGUUGAACCUCCAUUCGUGAGGACCUCCCCGUUGUGGGCACAGAUCGAGGCAAUGGAAAUAUUCAGUAAAGUGCCACAGCGACCACAUUUUCAUCAGUUAUGGAAGCAUGUUCCAGAGCUUCGUGAAGGAAUGGCAUUAGGUUUGAUGUUCUCUUUCGCCAAUUUAGCAGAUAGCAUAAAGAAAUUGAAUGUCCAUGACAAUAAUGCAGUGUUCGAAGAUAAAAUGAAGGGUAUUUCAUUGUUGGAAGCAGACGGUUUUGAUGUCAGGCACCUGCGAUCUCGCCUAGAAACUUUGCUCAGUUUGAAGAACAGCUGGUCCAAAAUACAGGACAUGAUGGAACAAUCGGAUAGGAAGAUUGCCCAAGAAGAAACUGAUGAUCAGAAGCUCUGUACAGAAGUCAGCAUGCUAAGUAUGGUUCUCCGUCAGUUCGAAACACAUGCCCAUCUCUUCCGUUGCAUGAAGCAGCAUGCGAUUUCACAGAAGAUGAGCCACGCCGUGGAGAAAUCAAGACUCAGAGUAGACGCCAGCGAACUCAAGCGGUCAUCUCUGUCCACCGAGCAGCAAUUCAGCAGCGUCGUGGGUGCGCCGUGGUAAGUUUCACGCAAACUAAUCUGGUAUGCUUUAUGUACAUAGUUACUGAUGGUAUGUUAGGAAUGCUAGAUGUUGUGAUGCUGCCCCGCGAGCUGGUUGUGCCGCUGAAUCUCUUUUGUUUAUGUGAUGGGCCACUUUUGGCAUGUGGAGAACGCCCAGCGUAUGUAUCUGGGACGUUGCUGCCCUUUAUGCAGAACAUCCUUUUCCAGAUAUAUCCGAUGGCCACUGAUGUACAUAUAGAAUAGA